AUGAGUGACUCGGAGUCGGACGCAGGAGAUCAGGCCGGAGAUGUGGCACACUUCAGUGGGCCAGUGGAAAAUGCGUGGCUGUUGAAAAUUCCCGAAUUCAAGCCCUCCGACAACCCGAACGGGCUGCUGGAAGAGAGUUCCUUCGCGUGUCUGUUUCCAAAGUACCGCGAAAAGUACGUCAAAGAAUGUUGGCCCCUGGUCGAGAAGGCACUUUCGGCGCACCACAUCAAAGCGGACCUAGAUUUGAUCGUCGGCAACAUGACGGUUCGGACGACGCGCAAAACCUGGGACCCGUUCAUUAUUCUGAAGGCACGCGAUCUGAUCAAACUGCUGUCCCGCUCGGUCCCGUACGAGCAGGCCGUCAAGGUGCUGGAGGACGAGAUAAGCUGCGAUAUUAUCAAAAUUAAGAACCUCGUGCGCAACAAGGACAAAUUCGUGAAGCGCCGCAGUCGACUGAUCGGCCCGAACGGUUGCACACUGAAGUCACUGGAGCUGCUAACGAACUGCUACGUGCUGGUGCAGGGGGCAACCGUGUCGGCGAUCGGGCCCUACAAAGGUCUCCAGUGCGUGCGGAAGGUGGUCGAGGAGACGAUGAAAAACAUUCAUCCCAUCUACAACAUCAAAGCGCUGAUGAUCAAGCGGGAACUGAUGAAGGACGAGAACUUGCGCGAGGAAAACUGGGAACGCUUUCUGCCCCGCUUCCAGUCGAAGAACACAUCGAAACGCGCCAAACCGAAAGUGGUCAAGAAGAAGGGCGAAUACACACCCUUCCCGCCGCCGCUGCUGGAGAGCAAGGUGGACAAACAGCUCGCCUCGGGCGAAUACUUCCUCACGGACGAGCAGAAGAGUGCCCGCAAGACGCAAGAACAGGCGGCCAAGGAAAAACGCAAUGUGUCGGCCCAGAAGCGGCGCCGUGAGCGAGACUUCGUGGCACCGGACGAACCAUCCCGCAAGGAACCGAAGGGUGGCCAGAAGACCGAAAAGAUUGACGUGAAAUCGCUGAAAGGCAAAAUAGCUCGAGCCAAUAAAAGGGCCGGGAAGACCAAGUGAGUGAUGAGCGCCCAGAGAGGUGUUUAGGAAAGUCCAACAAAGUUUAAUAAAUCAUUCAAUGUACA